CUCCUCCCGUCCGCAGUUUCUUCGUCUCCGGCUGCGGCGCGGGUCAGGUCGGCGGCCAUGAGCCUGCAGGCACUGCGCUACCGGCGGGGCAGCCUGAGCGUCCUGGACCAGCUGCUGCUACCGCAGCGCAGCGAGUACCGGCCGAUCGGCGGUGUCCGCGCCGGCUGGGAGGCCAUCCGGGAGAUGAGAGUACGGGGUGCCCCAGCCAUUGCCAUCGUUGGGUGUUUGAGUCUGGCCGUAGAGCUUCAUGGGAGAAAGGACCUCGACAAGGAAUCCAUCGCAACCUUUGCUCUGGAGUCGCUGGACUAUCUUGUAACUGCCAGGCCCACGGCUGUCAAUAUGGCAAGGGCGGCCCAGCACCUAGCUGAAUUUAUAUCACAAGAGGUCAAGCGGACAGACUCCACUCUGGAGAACUUCAAAGAAAAUCUGAUUUGCAGAAUCGAGUCCAUGAUGGAGAAGGACAUUCGUGAUAACCACAGUAUUGGAUCCCACGGUGCUGAACACAUCUUGUCCAAGGUGGAAACGGACAAGGUGACGAUCCUCACGCACUGUAACACCGGCUCCCUGGCAACCGCAGGAUAUGGCACUGCACUGGGUGUGAUCAGAUCUCUCUGGGCUUUGGGUCACCUGAAACACGUUUAUUGCACAGAGACCCGGCCCUACAAUCAGGGGGCGAGACUGACUGCAUAUGAGCUAACCUACGAAAAGAUCCCUGCCACACUCAUUGUCGACAGCAUGGUUUCCAUGGCGAUGAAGGAAAAGCACAUUUCAGCGGUCGUAGUGGGAGCGGACCGGAUCGUGGCCAAUGGCGACACGGCCAAUAAAAUUGGCACCUACCAGCUGGCUAUCGCAGCCCACCACCACCACAUCCCUUUCUACGUGGCAGCUCCCAGUUCAUCAUGCGACCUCAGCCUGGAGAGGGGUGAUCAGAUCACAGUGGAGGAACGGCCAGCGGAGGAGCUCACGGAUGUUAACGGAGUCCGCAUUGCGGCACCAGGGAUCAGGGUCUGGAAUCCAGCGUUUGACAUCACUCCCCAUAGUCUGAUCACAGGGAUCAUUACAGAGUUUGGGGUUCACACCCCUCAGGAUCUGCGGAAGGCACUGGCUGAGAGGACGCCUCAGGUCUCCUGAACAUCCGAAUGACUCUUUCCUGUGCUAUCCAUUGGCUUAGGAGUCCGUUCACGCUGUUCAGGUUUCCUGAAUGUGAGUAUGGCAGCGGCUCCUCUUUCUGCUGGUUUUCUAAUGGGAAUGUAUGUCAGAAGAAAUAAAAUCUUGAUGAGGUCUGUUGAGCUUG